CUAUAUAAUGCAUGAUAUAGAUGGUGUAGACAGUAUAAAUGAUAUAUGGUAUAGGUGAUAUUGAUGGUAUAUAGUAUAUUUUAUAUAUGGUAUAGAUGGUGUAGAUGGUAUAGAUGAUAGAUGGUAUAGCUGAUAGAUGGUAUAGCAGGUAUAUGGUAUAGAUGAUAUUGAUGGUAUAUGGCGAUGGUAUAUAUGAUGUAUGGUAUAGAAAGUAUAUGGUAUCGAUGGUAUAUGAUAUAUAUGGUUUACAUGAUUGAUGGCAUAUUGUAUAGAUGAUAUGGUAUAGAUUGUGCAGAUGGUAUAUGAUAUAGAAGGUAUACAUGAUUGAUGGUAUAGAUGGUAUAGGUAGAAAUAUUUGAAAGAAGAAAGCCUCAAGUAGCCCGAAGUACAUCGGUUGCAUUAUUUAUAUUAAUUGGCUUACAGUUUUAGAUCCUCACCACAAGGCGGUGCUGUCGUUUAUUAUAUUUGUAUCCGAGUGUGCACCUGCAUCAGAGACCUUGGACUACACAUUAACCAUUUCUUUGCAGCUGAUUCUUGUGCACAAUUAAAAUGAUGCAAAAAUGCAAGGAAGUCGUUUCCAACUCAGUCUGCAGGAGCUGUAAUUAUUAUAAAAGAUUUUAUAAAAUUCAUUUGUAUUAUAUUUGUACCUGAAGAUAACAUAACUGUCAGCUUGCGAUAACACUAGGCUCUCUCAUAUAUUUCAAGUAAUAACUAAUUGAACACUUAUGUUAACUUUAACGUACACUAAUUUACCUGAAAGUUAAUUAUUAACAUAGCUAAUUCACUAUAAUAAAUCACAUAAAAUGAAUGGAUGAAGAGAAAUGAAUCGAGUUAAAAUACAUGCCAAAAUAAUAAUACAACUUAAUAAUCAUAAAUAACAUAACUGAAUGAAUAUAGUUUUAUUAAAUCAAAAAAUAAUUACAAGUUAAAUUAAAAUGAACUAUGAAAAAUCAUUUUGAAUAAAUACUAAACGUAAUAAUAAUCGCACUCAUUGAUUGGUUGAUUGAUUGAUUAAUGGAAGCAAAUAAAGGUCAUCUGGAAGUGCGAAUCGAUUCCCCCGAGUCAUUUUAAUAGGAGUUGUUCGAAAUGAACCGACUCCUCCGUGAUUCCUCGACUCCUCCUUCCCUCCUAUUUCUGCAUCUCUGGAUUUCACAGUGACGCCCUUUAUUUCCGGUUUCUCCUCAUCGUUCUCCCCAAGAGUCGAGUCGAAUAAUCGAGUUAUUCGUUCAGGAUAUGAUUCCGUGCAUCAGGACUGUUACUGGUCCGUUUUGGUUGUUUUUUUUUUUUUUUCCUUCAUUUCGCAAGGUUUUGCUGCAGGGUUGCCAGAUUGAUCGUCUCUAUUCACUAACCAGUCACGUGCAAAAUCAAAAUCAUAAGACGACAUCUACGAAAACACUUUCCGUGACUGAAACAAAAAUGAUAAUAGUAAUAAAAACGGACACGUAAAAAGAGGUGAGUCGUGCGAUCUGGCAACUCUGAGGAGCUCUCGCGCGCCCCGCGCGUCAUGCUGCAGAGCGCAGCGGCGUGACGUCAACGCACCGGAGCGCGCGAGCUCGGCUCCGCGGGAGGAAAAUACCGGAGGAUAGACCGAUAGAGGUUUGAAGGCAGUGCCCAUAAAGAAAACAUGUAAGAAAAUACAGUGGAAAGACACAAACCACAAGAGUGUUCUUUCAGUCGUAUAUCAGAAGGCGGAACGUGUACAGAUUUUUCAGCAUGUGGUUGAACUGCAGUGUCCUACAUGAACCCGAGAUGAGUAGAGGUCUCUGGUGCCCAGCCUGUUCAGGGCGGCGCCCGGUGGCCUGAGCCUGGCAUGGCCUCUCUGGAUCUGCCGUACCGCUGCCCUCGCUGUGGGGAGCACAAACGCUUCCGGAGCUUGUCAUCACUGCGCGCCCACCUGGAGUACAAUCACACCUACGAGACGCUCUACGUGCUCUCCAAGUCCAACAGCGUGUGCGACGCCGCCGCACUGCUCCCUCUGGUGGCCGACAGCGCCCUGGCUGCCGAAUCCCGCUUCCCCUGCGCGGGCGACGAGCUCGGGCUUGCCACGACCUCGUCCGCCGGCGCCCGCUACCUUCCCAAUGUGGAGUUCCCACUCGGCGAGAUCCUGGUGAAGAAAGCCAUGAGCUCAAUGGACCCCAGUGCCAUGGAAGCUGCUUACGAGGAGGGCUUGGCACGCCUCAGGGCUAGGGCCUUCGAAAGGCUCGAGCUGGAUGAGAGACUGGAAAAACUGUCUGAAGAAGUGGAGCAAAAGAUCGCAGCACGUGUGGGGCGCCUGCAGGCCGAGCUGGAGAGGAAGAGCACGGAACUGGAGAAGGCCAAGCUGGAGAGCGAAAGGCUCAGCCAGGAGAAACAGGAGCUGGAAGACAAGGCCUCAGAGUUGUCACGCCAGGUGGACGUGUCGGUGGAGAUGCUAGCCAGCCUAAAGCAAGACCUGGUCAACAAGGAGCAAGAGCUCACGCACAAACAGCAAGAGGUGGCGCAGAUCGAUCAGUUCCUGCAGGAGACGGCGGCACGCGAAGCCAGCGCUAAAGUGCGUCUGCAGCAGUUCAUCGAGGAGCUUCUGGAGCGAGCAGACCGAGCGGAGAAACAGCUCCAGAUCAUCAGCAGCUGUGGAACCACGCCGAACGGGAGCCUGAGCCACUGCAGCCUGCAAGGCUCCAAAUCCAACGGGCGACAGAGGAACUCCAGUAUCUCUGGCUCGAGGGGCGUGUACCAGGUCUCAGAUCGACGCUCGUCUCCCAGCACUGGGGCGUCUGGUCGGUCGAAGUCGGCGUCCCAGGCCUCGGUGGCGGGUUACGACAGUGACAGCGCUGAGCUGCAGGCGCUGGAGGGCAGUCUGGAGGCUCAGUACUACCACGGGCAGUGCCGUCCGGGAGAACCCUCACCUUACGAGCGCCGCAACUGGGGCCUCCGCAAGCAAGCCAUCCAGAACUGGCAGCGGCGGCCGUACCGUAACAGCACGGAGGGCGAGGAAGGGGACGUCUCCGACGUGGCCUCACGCACCACCGAGUCCGAGGCAGAAAUGUGGGAGCAGGAGAGGAGGGCGGAGUGUCAGCAGCAUUGCCCUCACCGCAGUGGCUACCGGCUGGGGACAGGCCGUCCUGAAGGUUGCUACAAACUCUGCCGUCACGAGAAGAGCCCGUCCAAGACCAGCGAGGUGAUCAGCCCCGAGGUGCUCAAGAUGCGGGCGGCGCUUUUCUGCAUCUUUACCUACCUGGACACUAAAACCCUGCUGAGGACGGCCGAGGUGUGUCGCGACUGGAGGUUUGUGGCGCGUCACCCCGCCGUCUGGACAAGAGUGCUGCUGGAGAACGCUCGCAUCUCCUCCAAGUUCUUGUGCACGCUCUCUCAGUGGUGCACGCAGACCCACUCUCUGAUCCUGCAGAACCUCAAACCGAGGCAGAGAGGAAAGAAGGAGACCAAGGAGGAAUAUCUGAAGAGCACACGUGGGUGUCUGGAGGAAGGUCUGGAGGCCUUGCUGAAAGCGACGGGAGGAAACCUGCUCAUUCUGAAGGUGUCUCAUUGUCCAAACCUGCUGACCGAUCGCUCUCUGUGGCUGGCCAGCUGCUACUGCCGCGCCCUACAGGCUGUAACGUACCGGAGCGCUACAGAUCCAGUGGGUCAGGAGGUGAUCUGGGCUUUGGGAGCAGGCUGCAGGGACAUCAUCUCCUUACAGGUGGCACCAUUACAUCCCUGUCAACAACCAGCCCGCUUCAGUAACCGCUGCUUGCAGACGAUUGGCCGGUGCUGGCCACACCUACGAGCCUUGGGAGUGGGCGGAGCUGGAUGUGGUAUACAGGGAUUGGCCUCGUUGGCGAGGAACUGUAUGAGGCUGCAAGUGCUGGAACUGGACCACGUCAGUGAGAUUAAUCAGGAAGUGGCCGCUGAAGUGUGUCGUGAGGGUCUGAAGGGUUUGGAGAUGUUGGUUCUCACCUCGACUCCCGUCACGCCCAAAGCUCUCCUUCACUUUAACAGCGUGUGCCGUAACCUGAAGUCCAUUGUUGUACAGAUCGGUAUUGAAGAUUACUUUGAAGACCCCAACAGCCCUGAGGCCAGAAAGCUCUUUGAUGAGAUGGUGAACAAACUCCAGGCUUUAAAGAAGAGGCCGGGUUUCUCCAAAAUCCUCCACGUAAAGGCUGAUGGUCUGUGCUAACGCCUUCUACUGCGACACGAACUGUGGAAAACCAACAACUCCUUUAUGGAAAAAGCUGAAUCUUUAACUUCAAGUUUUCAGUUACCGUGACGACGACAACACAGGAAACUUCUCAUUACAGUAUUUUAAUCGGAGAUACAAUUUUACUCGCCUGUAGCCGAGUCGGCUUUGAGGUUUCGGCUUCGACCGAUAAAUCUUACGGAGAACGCCGAGUCUCUCUCGAGACUCGAUUCAAG